UGCGAUUUUGAGCGUACCCCUACAAUGACUGCGGGAGGAACCGAGACAUUCUGACACUUACUAUAGAUUAUCGACAAGUCUAUUCCGAAGCACGACGAAUGCAGAGAACAUACUCGAUGCUGCGAAUUUCUUUGUUCGCUUCUUUGCUUUCCCUACAUCUCGCCGUUUCCGGCGCUAUGGUUGGCAGACGUGAAAAAGAGCCUUAGCCAAGACAGUUUUUGUGCACCCUACAGUGCAUUUCCAAGUUCUUCUCACCAGCGUUUAAUGGUGACUUCUCAUCGGAACUAUCUAGUUUUCUUCUCUUUCUCCCAACAACGUCUUAAGAGAUAUUAAUCCGAACUGGUGAAGAUGGUAGUGCCGGUUAAGAAACCAUCAGGGUCAGCCCCGAAAGGGCGACUAGACAAUCCAAUAUACGCGCGUACAAGUGUGCUAUGCAAUGGACAAAUUGUAUGGAAAGUGAGGGGAGAGCAAGACUUGACGUAUUCUGCGACUGAUCCCCAAAGAGCUGAUUUAAGAUAUCCCAUUGAUGCGACUGACAACCUCAAUGCUCUUAAUGGCCUACAGCUCUACAGAUCGAAACCCUUGGCACCUCUGGAAUUAAAGCAGCCUCUCCGACACGUGCAAUCGUCACUCCCAAAAGCUGUCAAGUCUGCGAUCUAUACCGGCGACCUAUACGGAUCAUUAGGGGGUGUAUUCUCAUGCCUAAACGAGGACUUCGAUACCACGGUUAGCAACGUUUUCGGAAAUGAGGUUCGCGGGGACGGGAACUUGAACUACAACGACUUCUUCCGGCGACUGCGUCGAUCAGAAUGGCUUCUUUGGGACGUAGAGGCUGAAAAGGGGCAUUGGGUCGUUGUGGUUGCCCAUUUAUACAAGAGCAUCAUUGGCAAUUCUAAGAAGAGAAACUUCCCUGACAACGCAAAUAUACCGGCUACGACACAAUCAUCCGACUUCAAUGCCAUUGAUGCAUGGUGCAUUGUUUCGCCAGAGAACGGAAAGCAUGGCGAUGCCCUUGUAAAACGCGUCGAGACCCGACUCCCAGCUGUGCUCGUGGAGGGUGGGAUACGAUUCGAUGUAGACUCCGAGCGAAUAGCGAGCAUCUGGGUCCCUACGGAUAAGAGCAACUGGGCAUCAGGUCUACAUGUCUAUAACAUCAUCAAAACAUUGAUGCACCGCCUUACAGAGUUUCAUUGCAGAGAAACGGCCUACGAUGAGUCGUUCUGGGAUCCCCUUCCGGGGUGGUUGAAUGUUGAUGAGGUCAGAGCCGAGAUGCAGGGCCGGGCUGCCCAGCGCUGCAUGGCAUCUACUGGCUACCGCUCUCGGAUUGCUAUCGAAGGCGUGCGUCGGUACAUUGGGUGGAAGGAGGUAGUUCGUGCCAACGAGCUACGACCUCGCCAUAGAGACAAUAUAGCUUACCGGACAGGGCUAUAUGGGAAGGAUGGGCAUGGCAUUCCCGUCAGCAAGAAGUGGUCCAAGUCCGGGGACAAGACUGCUCUAUCUGAUGACGAGGAUGACGGCAAAGACAAGUUUUCUCCCACUAGCGACGACGACGACGUCUCCGGCAGAGGAUUCCGAUAUGAGGAUGAGAUCAACAUAGCUGGGGGUCCGGUUGGCCCGCCACCUAGCCACGUUUAUGGCUGGCAUCCAUCGGAAGAUUCCGAAGACGACCUGCCUCGAGCCCGAAACCUACCCUUGGGCAAGAUAGCGGAGCUGAAAAAGCUAGGUAUCGAACUGGAUUUGAGUGACGUACCGAAGAACGAAAGCCACGGAUACCAAACCUACACCGAGCACGUCGACUCCACCCAGCAAGAAGCGUAAGGCUGACAGGGCCGAUAUAGAGGCGGAUAUCAAGAAAGCCGGAAGCGUGACUGCCCUCCUGAAGCAACGAUUAGCUAAACUCGGGGUUGAGGUGACGGAUGGUUAGGGAGCAUGCCGAAAAGUUUGCGGUGA